AUGAGCACAAGUACCUCACGUGUUGCUGUUCAUAUUUCCUAUUACGUUAGGCUGUUAACAAUUAUGUUAUUUGCAUUAGCUGGAUUUAGGUACUGGUUGGUUGAUCUUCGCCCUGAUGAAGCUGCUCUCUCGGCUAUUAUCUGUUGGCAUAUCUGGUGUAAUCGGAAUAACAAGGUCUGGGCUCAGAAAUCUGGUAUCCCUGAUGACGUUAUUAGUGCAGCUGAGCAGCAGUUGGCUGCAUGGAGAAUAGCUCGGUCUAGCAGGAUCGAUGGUCAUGUAGGCUCAGUUGAGAAAGGCGACGGUAUGUGUAGAUGGCGGCCUCCGGAGGUGGGGUGGGUCAAGUGUAAUGUGGAUGCAGCGUUAUUUGGGGAUGACAUAGGCAUUGGCUGUGUUGUUCGAGAUCACUUUGGAGCUGUUGUGCAGGCGAAGAAGAUGGUUAUUCAAGGGACAUUUUCUCCUAGAACAGCAGAGGCUAUUGGCAUUCGAGAGGUGUUAUCUUGGUUGAAAGGCUGGUCUAAACUAAUUGUGGAGUCAGAUGCCAUGGAUGUGGUGCUGGGUAUUAGGAACCCAGAUAGAGAGGAUUCAGAUGUUGUUGUCUGUGAUUGUGCUGAUAUGGCGAAGCAAUUUCAUAAUUUAAAGUUUUGUUUUGUUAGGCGAUCUGCUAACCGAGCUGCGCAUGUUAUGGCGCAUAAUGCUAGGUUCACUUCAGGUCAUCAGGAGUGGUUUUUGAACUGCCCUGAAUUCCUUUCAUCUGUAAUUGCUUCUGAUUUAUUGGAAUAA